UCCACUCGCCCACGGCGCCGAGAGACAUGGCGGCCGUCCGCCUAUCCCCACGCCUCCGCUCCAUUCCCCUCCUGCUCCCCGGACUCGACCCCGCGGCCGCAGUCCACCGCAGCUCGGCCACCGCCGCCGCCGCGCGCGCCAUGUCCUCCACCUCUUCCUCCUCCGCGUCCUCGGCCCCCACCCCCUACACGACGCUCGUGGGCCGCGUCCGCUGCGAGCGCGAGAUCAAGCGCAGCAAGUUCAUCGCAGUCGCCGCCUCCGUCCCCGACGAGCGCUCCGCCAUGUCCUUCCUCAACGAGGUCAAGGAUCCUCGUGCCACCCAUAAUUGCUGGGCGUACAAGGUGGGAGAGCAAUUCCGUUAUAACGAUGACGGCGAACCUUCAAGCACAGCUGGAAAGCCAAUAUACUCUGCUAUCAUUUCAUCUGGCAUAGAUAUGGUCAUGGUGGUUGUAAUCAGAUAUUUUGGAGGCAUAAAACUUGGAACCGGCGGGCUGGUGAGAGCUUAUGGUGGGGUUGCUUCUGAGUGCCUUAAAGAUGCUCCUACUUGUCUUGUGAAACCCAAGGCUCGUGUGGGAAUGGAAGUACCAUUUGAUCUCUUGGGUACAGUCUAUAACCAGCUGCAACAUUUCCAUGCCGAAGAUAUUAAACAGGACUAUGACACUGGCAAAGAUGGUACAGUUGUCGUCAUGUUCAAAGUAGAAUAUGAAAAAAUUGAGAGUCUUGGAAGUGCAGUGAAUUCAGCUUGCAGCAGGAAAAUUGAAUUAUUACAAUAAGCAGAGGGGACAAGAUUGAUUGUUCUGUUUCAAUGUUUAACUAGCAGCUAGUACAGCUUCAGUUUGUUGAGUGUAAGUAUUUGUAGAAUCGAAUCCCACUAUGUUUUUUCGGCUCCAUGACUUAAUGGAAAUUUCGCAUGGGCUUAGAUCAACCCAUUGACCUCUCCAAUUUUUUUUAUCAUAUGUACUUCCAAGCCUUUGAUUCUACUGUUUUAUACUUGACUCAACGGCAUGUAGGCACCAAAAGUAUUUACUCCCUAGCCUCACUGUAAUUUCAACUCCAUACUGGAGUGCCUUUGAUAAACCCUACAUUCACCUCCAAGGAGGUGACUGUUCACUCCCAACAGUAUAUAUUAGCUUCAGUUCACAUGAUGUAUCUUUCUUAAGUUACAAUCACUGGAAUUUAGUGUUGUCCAUUUUUAAA